AUGAAUCCGGAAAGCGAUUAUAUAAAAGGUUCAAGAGCCCGAUUGGAGGAAAUGGUUUGUGAGAAUCUUGAUGAAGAAGAUUAUGAUAUUCUAUUUCAUCUUUUGUCUUGUAAUCUGUUCUCUAUUAUAGCUUUUGCCAUGGAAGCUUGGAAUAGGUUACGAGACAUAUUCCAAGACAACAAGAAUUCCAGUGUGGUUACCCUUGAAACCGAAUUCUCCAAUACCAUAAUGGAGAAUUUUCCUAAUGUUUCUGCUUACUUUCAACGCCUCAAGUCUCUUGCUGAUCAGUUGAAGAAUGUUGGUGCUCCUGUUUCAGAAAGUCGCCUUGCUCGUUCUAUGCUAACUCUUGAAGAAACGGGUUUUACUAAGGAGGCUGCUACAUGGAUAGAUUCGGCCAUGAUUGCAUCCUUGCAAUCAACAGAUUCUUUUGUUCCUAAGUCUAACUCAGAUCACACGCAUAACAGAAGGAAGCAAUCUGGUAACCGGAAAACUGGUAGCCGGAAAUCUAAAAAUGCUGGCGGUCGUGGGUCUAGUGGCGGGCAAGGCGGCAGUAGCGGCGGUCGUACACAACAACAAUAA